AACUGAGAGAGAGAGAAACAUGGAUUCUCCUCUCUGGUUGGAAUACCGAAAAUUGGUUCUGACCUCAAGAGGGAACUCCGGGUGUCUCUCCUUCUCCUCCAAGUUCUCUCUCAAUCUCCCUUCUUCUUACCACCAAAAAUGCAACAGAGGUUUGACACCAGAUAUAGUCACCUAUAAUACCCUGAUAAAUGGUCUCUGCAGGGCAGGUGAUGCUUUGAUCAAUUUGUUUAAUUUCAUAUUGUAUAGUACAGCUUGCUCCGCAAAUGCAGGUUUGGCAGAUGAAGAACCAGACUGCGUCUUAGUGCCGUUCACUGAGCUAAAGGUUCCGGCGAACCCAGCCUUGGCUGGUCGCGAACCCAGCAAGGCUGGGUUUCAACCGAACCCAGCCUUGCUGGGUUUCCAAUCCAGCCUUGCUGGGUUCGUCGAAACCCAGCCUUGGCUGGUCGACGAACCCAGCAAGGCUAGGUUUCCAUCGAACUCGAAAGAAAGAAAGAGAAAAGAAGAAGGGGAAGAAAGGGAUUGGGAGGGUGAGUGUGAGUGUGAGUGUGAGGAUGAGGGAUACAAUUCCCUAACAAGUACACUAUGCAAGAAUAGGAAGGUUCAUGAAGCUAAGGAAAUGUUUGGUGAAAUGAAAAACAAAGGUUUCAAACCAGACACAUUCGCUUUUAAUUCUCCAAUAUUUGGUCUGUGCAAGGUGAAUGAAAUGGAAGAGGCCUUAACAGUGUAUCAUGAUAUGUUGGUUGAGGGUGUUGUUGCCAACACAGUGACAUACAACACACUAAUUCAUGCUUUUCUGUGGACUGGUGCCAUUCAGGAGGCACUCAAGCAAGCUUGUUAAAGAUAUGUUAUUUAGAGGAUACCCUCUGGAUGAGAUCACCUAUAAUGGCCUAAUUAGGGCACUCUGUAGAGCUGGGGUCUUGGAUAAAGGAUGAGGGUUGUUUGAAGAAAUGUUGACGAAGGGACUUGUCCCGAACCAUGUUUCCUGUAAUAUUGUGAUCAAUGGCCUCUGCUGCUCCAGGAGAAUGAAUAAUGCACUUGAGU